AUGAAAGCCUUGCCUACAGCUCCACAGGAGAAGUCACUGGGCAAAAGAAUGCAGAAUCAGAGGUUUCAAGAUGCUGUUCCCCAUUUUUCUCUUUCCUGUUUCCCCUGGAAGAAGAUGGCUGGGCUCCUGUUUAUCUGUACAUACAUAGUGGAUGCCUCUGCCUUCAGAACCCAGCAUGUGGAAAGCACAGAAAACUGCCAGGAUCACACCAUGAAUUUCAAACACUACUUUGCACUGAAAGGAGAACCUGUGAUCCUGAAAUGCCCUUCCUUCAAAUACAAACACUUGGACUUUUCCAACCAUCCAUGUAAUCUGACAUGGUCUAAAAAUGAUUCAAAAACGAUGAACCAAGGAGGAGAUGAGGAACCAAGAAUUUGGGCACAAGGCGAUGCUCUUUGGUUUUUACCAGCAUCGUUAGAGGACUCCGGACAAUAUAUCUGCACUCGAAGGAAUUCCUCUUACUGUGCUGAUGUCUCCAUUCACCUAACAGUUAUUGAGAAAACUGCUGUUCAUAAUAUUUCCUAUCAUCAAAUUCUCUUCACGUUCACUUCUGGAAAACUUGUUUGCCCUGAUCUGGGGAAUUUCAUACAAAAGGAAACAGACUUGGAGCUAAAAUGGUACAAGGAUUCUGUACCUUUGGAUGAAGACAAUAAAAAAUUCAAAAGCUUGAAAGGCACAAACUUUCUCUACAUCAGCUCUGUGUCAUCAAAAGAUUCUGGCUAUUACACCUGUGAAAUGAGUUUUCUCAACGGACGCACACAGUAUAACAUCACCAGAACUAUUCAGCUACAGACUUUGGACCAAGAAAAGAUAUUCAGUCCAGUGAUGGUCUAUCCAGAUCAGAAGACUACAUUAGCUGCUCUUGGCUCCAAACUGAUCCUUCCAUGUAAAGUAUUUAUUGGAUCGAGUAAACAUUUUCACACGGUCGUGGUGUGGCUAGCAAAUGACACUUACGUUGAUAUAACUUACAAACAGGGCAGAGUUACAGAGGGAGAGCGUCUGGAAACUGUAGAAAAUGAUGAGAACUAUGUUGAGGUGCCACUAAUUUUUGAUCCAGUCAGAGAAAUGGAUUUUUAUACAGAUUUUAAGUGUGAUGCCCGGAAUAGUCACGGACGCUUAGUGCUGCCAAUACGGGUCAAACAAGAAGCAUCCAGUUUCCCCUGGCAUAUUGCAGCAAUUCCGGUAGCCCUGACCUGCCUGAUUUUGGAGGGAUUAUGCAUGCACAAAUGCUGGAAGCGGAGAGCUGGUAACGGAUAUGCUAUAGCCAAGUUGUAACUGGGAAAACCUGUGUUAGUCUUCAACCAUCAACCAAAACGUUUUCAUCCAGCCUAUACCUUAAAUGAAACAAGGCAAAAUAUCUCUGGCCAGCCACAUUAUUUUCUAGGAGGGUGGAUAUUAGAUACUUUCUCUUAUCUAAAGUUGUUUGACUUGGUUAAACUGUAAAUAUGGUGUUUUUUGUAUGAACGACUGUACAGAAAAAAGGUGUGCCAUUAUUUUGCAAUUGGAGAGCUUUUU